UAUGACCUGUCAUCUUGUCAUCUAUAGUUAUAUGCAAUACUUAUAAAUUGAGUCCAGUUUUUAGGUUCAGUUCGGUUUUCGGUUAUUGUAUAUCACAAGCGAUCAGCUGAGGUCACAGAAGGAACUACUUCUUGAACAUCGCUUACCGCCUGUGUAUUGGACGAAUUGUUUUUUGAAUAAGUGCCUUGAUCAAACAGCUACAAAAUGGCUGCACCAAUUAAAGUAGUAGUAACUGGAGCCGCAGGGCAAAUUGCUUACUCGCUGUUGUACCAGAUUGCUUCUGGUGCUGUCUUUGGUCCUGAACAGCCAGUAUACCUGCACCUUCUUGAUAUUGCUCCUAUGAUGGGAGUUUUAGAAGGUGUAGUAAUGGAGCUUGCAGACUGUGCGCUGCCUUUGCUCACUGGGGUUCUCCCUACAGCCAACCCAGAGGAGGCUUUCAAAGAUGUCGCUGCAGCCUUCUUAGUUGGUGCUAUGCCAAGGAGAGAGGGUAUGGAGAGAAAAGAUCUGCUCUCUGCUAAUGUACGCAUCUUCAAGGAGCAAGGACAGGCUCUCGAUAAAGUUGCCCGUAAAGAUGUUAAGGUUCUUGUUGUAGGAAACCCUGCAAACACCAAUGCUUUGAUCUGUUCAAAAUAUGCUCCAUCUAUUCCUAAAGAAAACUUCACUGCCAUGACCCGUUUGGACCAAAACCGUGCUCAGUCGCAAUUAGCAGCAAAAAUUGGUGUUCCCGUACAAGAUGUUAAGAAUGUAAUCAUUUGGGGUAAUCACUCGUCAACACAGUUCCCUGAUGCCUCAAAUGCUUUAGUUAAGGUUAAUGGUGCUGAGAAAGCAGUUCCUGCAGUCAUUAAUGACGAAGAAUUUUUGAAAACCACAUUUGUUAGUACUGUACAGAAGCGAGGCGCAGCUGUGAUCGCAGCUAGGAAGAUGUCUUCUGCUCUUUCUGCUGCCAAAGCAGCGUCUGAUCACAUGAGAGAUUGGUUUUUGGGUACCGGUGACCGCUGGGUUAGUAUGGGGGUUGUUUCUGACGGUUCUUACGGUACACCUCGUGAUGUUGUAUUUUCUUUCCCCGUUACCGUUAGCAAUGGUAAGUGGAAGAUUGUUGAGGGGCUAACUAUCUCUGACUUUGCCCGUAAAAUGUUAGAUAAUACCGGAAAGGAGUUGGCUGAAGAGAAACAGGAUGCUUUGGAUGUGUGCAAAGAUUGACUGUGUAGUUUGUAAGAAUAAUUAAAUGUAGCUGCAAUAGCACCAGAGUUAAACUCUUUUAUAUGUUUAGUUAUUUAUCUUUGUUGGAACAAAGUUAAAGUACAUAUUGCUUUUGCUUAAAUUUGUUGAAUCAAAGUUGUUGUUUUUUUUUUUUAUUAUUUCUAUCUGAUAUUAAAUUGUGAUUGAUAUUAUACAUUUACAGCAAUAAA